GCGCAGGCGCAGGCGCAGGCGCAGGCACGCGGCCCCCAGACCCCGACAGAAGCUGAGGCUUAUCUGAUCCUGGUUGUGGGAUUGGGUGCCCUUCGGAUAAGUGACUUGGCCUCCAGGAGUUGGGUUGCCUACUUCAAGCUUCCUUUCCCUAGUUGAAAUAACUCAGUUCAGCUAUUUCCUCCCUUUUAGCCAACGCUGCACCCCAACCCGCUUGGCGUAGAAAAGUAUUUAUUGAGUAAAUUGCAAGAUUGCAGUGGGCAGGGCUAUAACGAAAGGACCUUCCUGUAGGGAACUUGCCAUAUUGUGCUUGUGUGGAAUCCUACGAUUUUCUUGUGUACUUGGUUGUAAACCAAGAUUUAUGCCUUUAAAAGUCCGUUUUCCUACUUCUACCUGACCAGAAGGAGAGGGUUGCAAAACAUUUGUUAAAUGUGUGAAUGAAAGUAAGUUUUAUUUAUGAAUUAAGGCAAGACAAAGUUGGCAGCAAGAGCCUUCCUCCCUGGCUGUGCAGGUGCUGGGUUACUCUGUUUUUAACGUAAAGUAGGAUUUUACUGCAAAAGAGGAUCUAAGGACAUUUUUGGAGUUCACCACAAGAAGCCAUCAUGCCUGGGGAAGGAGGGAAAACCGAUAUGGAGAGGAUUGGCCUCUUCAGUGAGAUGGAAUACAUCACCGUGGGAGAUAAAUAUGAGUCACCAUUUAAUCGACCCUUUAAUGAGGCUGCAAGCAAAAAUAGACAGAUGCUACCCGGGGGAACAAAGGAAAUGUCCGGUCUCCAAGCAGGGUACUUUGACCCCCAGUUUUCAAGGAUUUUUGAGGGGGAAGGCUACCAGAAUCUGAAUCAAGUUCGGAGACAGUAUAUGAUGGCAGAAUCCAAAAAAAAUCUAAGCAAAGCCUUCAUCCCUAGUAGUGGAGAGAAAAAGCCAAGUGGAUUAGGAAGCUAUUACGGAACAAUUGGUGGCCCUAUCCCAUUCUUCAGUGCACAGUUAAAACCCAAGGAUGAAUAUAAGCCACCUGGGAAGAAUUUAUAUACCAACCCAGGAAAAAAGGGGACUGGAUAUGGCUAUGCCAAUGUUACCAUAGGCAAGCAGCUCUCACACUCUUCUGACUUGUAUGAUGCAGCAAAACUGAAUUAUAAGAAAGAUAAUGAAGAACACCAUCGGCUACUCAAAGGGUCACCCUUCAAGUUGAACCUUCACCCUAAAGACUAUUUUGAUAGUAACCCCUAUUUGCUAGAGCGUCCUUUACCUCCAAUUAGAAGAGAAGAAAAGAAGGAAAUCGUCCUUAAGCCUUUCAAGCCCUCCUCUCCGGGUAAAAAGGCUGGUGGCAUGAAGGCAGGGACAUUUGAACCUUACCCACUGCAUUCAGCUGACCCUUAUAUGGCCAAAAUGGAAAAGAUGAUUCCUGAAAAGGGGGAGAAGGUUUUCCAUCCACCAAAUGGACCAAAAAGCAGACCAAUUCAUAGCAUAAUGGCGCUGAAUGUCAAAAAGGCAAUAAAUGUGAAGAACUACAAGACUAUCUCGGCAGACAUACUGGGAAGGCAGUUAGUUUUCUAGCUCAUCUCAGUAACUCACUGGAAUACAAAAUGCUCUGGAACGCAUGAUUCCAGAGCAUUUAAAGGAAAUUUAAACCUGAGACUCAACUGUAACAUUCUUCCUGAUUUUAAUGCUGCUUAAUAAAUAGUGUUGGAUAAUGACUCAA